CGAUCCUCACAUCCAGCCUUAUUCCUCCUCAUUCUCCAAACGUCCACCUACACACAAACAAUAUUGGAAUUCAUCUUAACUUAACUACGGUCUCUUGAAUAGAAGUUGACUGUAUGACUUACACAAAUUUGGAUCCUUGAUAACUAUGGAGGCUUCCUCAUUGGCGUUGGCCCAUGAUCAUGCUCGCGCUGCAGUCCUCGCGACGCAUAGUUCAGAUACAACUGUUGCAAUAAAUGAACAUGCCUUAGCUGCAGGAGAAUUUGCGAAAGCUGCAUCUGGGACAGGAAGCGCAGAAGCUUCUAGGACUUUGAGACUUUUAGAACAACAUCAUCAGCGACUCUCAGAACUCCUUCGAUACCCCACUGAACACCCCGUAACUCCGAACCCGAACGCGAAUGAAGCAGAAGUAAAAGCUGUCACGGAGAAACCUGUAUCGACAUCUGCGGCCGUAGCAGAGUUACGCUCUUCCAAAUCAGACCUUGGCCCUCGCACGCGAAAUACCUCGGGCUCUCAAACUCCCAGGCGCCUCCCUCCGCGCGAAUUGUCUUCAUCGAUCGCCAGUAAUCUAGCUUCUGCAAGAGGCAUACGCUCAAGUCAUAGUCGCCAGCCACUCUCACCAAGUAUAUCAGCUUUACAGGCGCCAGGUACUCUUGACGGACGUCGAGAAGGCAGUAAAAAGCCAAACGUUGCAUCCAUUCCAGAGCACGCCACAUUGAAGCCGACUUGGGUACCCCCUCAACAUACUCAAACGAAAGCAGAUGCUCAAACUUCUACAUCAAGAACAUCUGCGGUUGCUGAGCCAAAAUCAUCUCCUGCAACUGCCCAAGAUGACGGAUUCUCAAAGUUCUACAGUGCAUUCAAUAGUGUUGUUUAUAAGUUAUCGGCCCCAUUAGCGUUUGCUGGCUUGCCUCUAUUCUCAGAGCCUGAACCGUCUGCAAAGUCACCAGAAAUAUUACCUGCAACCACUCGCAAAAGUAGACCCCGAAGCAGAGAAAGGUUGCCCACGGAGGAGCCUGAUCUUACCAAAUAUAUAUCCAAGGCCGCUCUCCGUGCAUCCGCUCGUGAUGGUCAUCCAGGCAAUGAUUCCUUCUACGUAGUUCCCACCACGGGCGGUAUGGUGUCAUACGCGCAAAUUCUCUCCUUUGAAAAGAAAGAACAACGUCGUUUAGCAGCGUCUAUGCAUGGCAUAGACCCACAACUUUUUCCCGAUCCAAACGAUGAGGAUGAUUUUGUUGAUGCUCGCGAAACGCCCAUGCCUAGUUCACCCAGCAAAUCGAAAAGCAAUCGUCGUAUGGCGGGUAAGGAAACAGAUAUUCGAAUCGAAGAACUAGAUCUCGAAAAUAAAAGUCUUAAAAAAUGUAUCGACAAACUCAGCCAACGACUCCAUGCUUUCGAAAUGUCAGCGCAGAAUAAUGGUAUGGCAUUACAAGAAAGUAUUCGUCUAAUGCGACCUGAUGAUAGGAGUCCAGGCGGCAAAUCAACCGAUGAAAUGGCUCGGAAAGUAAUGGAGCUUGAAGAGCAAAUGAAGGUCAUAAAUAAAGAAAAUCAAAGACUGUUCCGCGAUAAUCAAAGGUAUCGAGAAACGCUCUUGAGGUAUAGGGAGAAAUUCGAUGCAUUGAAGGCUGGGGCAAGGGGUAGAAGGGACAAGGAAUUGAGUGUGAAGGAAGUAGAAUCGAAAGAUGGGAGUGUGAAAGCAGGAAACGGGGCAAAUAAAUCGGUAGGAAAGGACACCAGGGAAACAGGUGGAGGGAGAUUCAUGGCGGGAUAGGUGACGAAACCCAUUUUAACAACGUGUUGCGAUAUACUCUGGACCUGCUCCGAUUCAAUAGGUAUCAAGCGUUAAGAUUGUAAAGCGUCAAUAGCUGUCUCGACUUAGGAGACAAACGGGUAAAAAGGAACCGGUAAAAGGUGUAUAUUUCAAAAUCUCUAGCAUCAAUUUAUUUCAUCAUCUGUCGGUCAUUCAUCAUCCACUAGGGAAGAUUACUUAUAAACCAUUUCAUCCCAUUCAAUCAUAUCUCAACCCACAUCUAUCCUGUAUCUCACACCUCUAUGUAGGCAGGUACUUGUCAUAUCACAAUGAUUCAAAUUCUCAAAUCUUAAUAUUCGAAUUUUAUUCUGUAUA